CCCCCCCCCCCCUUCAGCUCCGUCAUGGCCGUGUCCCGUCAGCUUGGGACGGACCACACUAUAGCCUAUUGGGAAAUUACCUAGUUGCGAGGGGAGCAAGUGUGAAUCUUACCAGACGAGGCUGAGCUCUAUCACUUUGCCCUUUGCACUCCAUCAUCAACAUUGCCAUUCUACUAUCCUUGAUCAUCCAUCUCGACGCCCAUCUUUGCUUCUCUCUCGACACAGCUGCAUCGCUGCAGCACCUCGUCUCUUAUCGGACACUGUCAGCUUUCGCCACACAGCGCCUGAUCAAUUGGCACCUACCUUACAGCAAGCACAUCCAGUCCACCUCACUCGAGGCAGCACCUUUGCCACUCACCUCACCCACUCACUUCUCACUCACAACAAUGGCUACAGUGAAUACUCUACGCCCCGGUGGCGGAGAUGCCCACAAUCACCACGCAAGAGGAGCAUCUUCCUCGCACACCUCUCCUCCCGUCUCACCAUCCGUGACGACUGCAAAUCUUCAUCAUUACCCAAUGCCAUCAUCUACCUUUCGCCAAGGACCCUCCGAGAGGGUCAAGAGGGCUCUUGCUCUUGAAGAGGCACAAAGGAGUGGUAGUGCUAGUGGGACUGGAAGUGCAAUGCGUCCUACCAAGUCUGAUACGGGAUUGGAUCCUACCAGUCUAGAUGUGGACAUGGAUACAAGACGACCUUCUGUUCCUGCCCUCUUUACUCGUCUUUCUUCUGAGCCCAGCUCACCUAGCAGUGAGAGGGGUAGCUCGGGCAAGACCACGCCCUCGAUGGCUAGUAUGACUUCGACUUCCUCCUCUGCCACUACGGCCACCGCCACCACCUCUUCGUCUUCGUCAGGCAAUGACGACGAGGAGGCUCUCGCCGAGGGUGAAGAUCCUCUCAUCCAAUUGGUAUACACCUCCUCUGCCAAGAUCCGCUAUCUGCCCCGCUCCGAGCUAGAGGGUAUUCUAGCCAGCUCGCGCAAGACGAAUGCCCGCAAUGAUAUUACCGGUCUGCUAAUGUACCGAGAUGGUUCUUUUGCUCAAUUCCUCGAAGGACCCCGCUCUGCCGUCCUGGACACCUUUGCACGUAUCAGGGCAGACAGACGUCACCGUGGUGUCAUCGUCGUGCUAAAGCGACCUGUAGAGAAGCGAGACUUUGCAGAGUGGAGAAUGGGAUUUAGAGACAUGGAUGCUGAACUUCCUGCUGGGGGAAAUACGAAUGAGCACAAGGGAGAAGUAGGCAAGAGUGCUUUGGAGCAAGAGGGGAGAGAUGCAGUAUUGGAUUUGGCGAGUGUGAAUGUUGCGGAUCUCUCGCAUGCGGAGAUGUCUAGGGCGAUUCGGACGUUGAUCAAGGUCUUUCAUCAGUCGUUGGCGAGACCUGCCUAGAGUAGACUUGAGCAGCUAGGAUGUUCCUGCUGCUGCUGGCUACCAUCUGUCACCUAUACCCAGUUCUUGGACCCUACUUUUGUACUUUUAUCAUUGUUGAUCUAGUCAGUCAUCAUGCGGAUGACCUCUGCCUCUUCCUCUUUUUCACGCACAUAUACACGACAAGGAACGUCUCUUUUUCAUUUUCAAUCAAUUCUCACUACUGUACGUUU